UGAGCUGCAUUAUCCAUCUUGAGUUGUAAUCUUGUGAACCAAAACACUGAGACUAAACCAACUGUUUACAACACAAAAUAAAGCACCAGAAAUGGCAGCCACAGCCGCAGCAGCAACAACUUCAGUCCACGGCCUGCGAGAUUUUCAAACUGUUGCAGUGGUGCCCAAGAUUGGCUACGUAAAUAUUCCAAGAUUAGCAAGGAGGUUUUGCAUUUGCUCUAGUAGUGAAGCUGAUGAGAUCGCUACAGCUACAGCUACAGCUACAACAACUACUACUAAUGAAACAGAUGGAGAGAGCACGGUUGAAGUUCAGGAGGAACCAGAGUCUUUCAUUAGUGCUCUUAAUGCUGAGAAAGCUAUAAGGGGGAUACCUAUCUCGGGUUUCGAUUACUAUGAAACACUUGGAUUACAAAAAGGCUGUUCCAUUGAUGAGGUGACAGCUGCAUACAAGAAAAAGCUUGAAGAAGUGAUGAAUGAAGGAUUAGAAGAAGAGGAAUGCAGCAGGAGGGUUGAUCUCUUGAAGGAGUCACACUCAAUAUUGUCAUCGGUGCAAGAUAGGAGAUUGUACGACUGGAGCUUGUCUAGGAACGGAAAUCCAGAGACUUAUGUCUGGCCUUUUGAGGUUGACAGUACUCCGACUUCAACUGAAUUACCUCCUCCACAGGAAGAGGAGGAUGUUGGGCCAACAACAGCUGUGGGAUAUUUCCUGCUUGGAUGGGUAGUACUUUCCAUCACAUUGUCAAUAGCCCUUAACAGGUAGACAUAAGCUCUGUAUAUCUCAUUCUGCUCUGCGAUUGUAACAUCUUCUUGGUUGUUCAAGUCUGCUGUAAAAUUGUAAAGAAAAUUGUAUCUUCUUCUUCUUUCUGCUAUUAUCUACAUCAUUGUUAACAUCUCAGAAGCAAAUGGUAAUAAUGUUUAUACAUUACUAUGUACAUUGCUGUGAACA